CUGUUCCUCCACCACUGACACCAACGAUGGGGCACUGUUCUCCCCACUGACACCAACGAUGGGGCACUGUUCUCCCCACUGACACUGACACCAACGAUGGGGCACUAUUCCUCCCCACUGACACCAACGAUGGGGCCAACCCCACUGAUACCAACGAUGGGGCACUAUUCUUCCCCCACUGACACCAACGAUGGAGCGCUAUUCCUCCCACUGACACCAAUGAUGGGACACCUCCCCACUGAAAUGAUGGGGCACUAUGAUGGGGCACUAUUCCUCCCACUGACUAAUGAUGGGGCACUAUUCCUCACACACUGACACUAAUGAUGGGGCACCAUCAUUGCACCCCAUCAUUGGAAUACUACACUGAAAUACCAUACCAUAUUGAAAUCAAAUCUGAUG